UGAACUCCUGCGUGUCCCUUUUAAAACAAACCCAGCGCCUGUCAAUCACCGCACAUUCCAACCAAUCCCAAAGCUCCCUUUUUAAAAGCAGGUUUUCCUGCUGUGCUUUUAUAUUGCACCAUGGCCUGUUUCGAAGCAUUUUUUACUACCACGGUUAUUGCCACAAAUCAAGAGGGCAAAGUGAACCGGCAUGGGACUCACACCAACUCUAACGAAACUGAGUCUGGUUGCAGCUUCCGCGAUGUUCAUGGCCAAGAAUUUCACAUGCAGAUGAUAUACAGCAAGGGGGAGAAAAAAACAGCAACAUGGGAGAAGAGUUGCUAGGUGCAUCCUGACUGCUUGCACUGGUUGAUUUCUGCAAACUCACAGGCAAACUCACAACAAAACAUGACAAGCCUUUCGAGGUUUAGUGGCUGCCCUCUCUCUUGCGUCAACCCCGGGGAGAGCAAUACUGAACCCAGCGUGGUGCUGCCACCUUUGGCAGCGGAGCACAUGGGGCACCCCACUGGCAGUUCCUUAAAACUCUGCCCCUCGCACAAUUUGCGAGACUACCCAGAGACGAGGUCCAGUGCAUAUGUUGACCACUCGGUUCCAAGUUUUUCAGACUCUGGAUAUCCCAGUCACCGGUUAGAGCACUGCCCUAGGGGCAUUAUCAUUGGAGCAAAUCUCUCUGGACCCGGCAUGCCACCCGUCACCGAUCAACUGGCACCAAGACCCAACCAACAUGGCGAGAUGGGAAGGUACCGGAACUUUGCUGGCUGCAGGGACAACAGGAGCCACGCGUUUUUCGCCAGCUACCAGGAGCAGGCCCACGCCUCCACGGAUGCGCCCCGCGACCUCGGCAGCCAGAUGAUGCUGGGUCUACCUGGCGACCUCCUCACUCGGACUCACUCCUACGGCCAGACCAUCAGCCCCAAGGGAAACAGCCAGCAGAUUGUCACCCAGUUUCUGGGUCUUUACAAGCCUCUGAACAUGGCGAUUCAGCGUGGGGGAGCCGACGCCUUCCUCAGGUGCUCAAAGCAAACGGUCAAGCAUGAACUGGUGUGCAAGUGGAGUGACGGUAAAGAGGCUGGAAUGGGGAAGCUGCCCUGCUCCAGAGCCUUCGGGACCAUGUAUGAACUUGUCACCCAUGUGACAGUGGAGCACGUCGGAGGACCCGAACACUCUGAAUACAUUUGUCACUGGGAGAACUGUGCGAGGGACAGGAAGCCUUUCAAAGCCAAAUACAAGCUGGUGAACCACGUCAGGGUCCACACUGGGGAGAAGCCAUUUUCCUGUCCAUUUCACGGCUGUGAGAAAGUUUUUGCUAGGUCAGAGAAUCUAAAAAUCCACAAGAGGACUCACACAGGUGAAAAACCGUUUAAAUGCGAGUUUGAGGGCUGUAACCGGAGAUUUGCAAACAGCAGCGACAGAAAGAAGCACUCGCACGUCCACUCCAGUGAUAAACCCUACAUGUGCAAGGUCAGGGGCUGUGACAAGUGCUACACACACCCGAGCUCUCUGCGGAAGCACAUGAAGCUCCACUGCACUAAGGAGCACGUCGCCAAAGGUGGCGACGUGCUUCCCGGUGACCAGGGUCAUGCCGCGGAGGCCAUGCCGGCCCGAGCCUCAGACGUUAGCCAGAUCAGCCCCACUCACGCCCCCACCUCCACACAGGAUGUCCCCCUGUCCCCCGAGUGCCGGGACGAGUCAACCCCAAGGUCACGCUUCCAUCACUCAUUUGACAGCAGUUUAGACUACUCUGCGCACAGGUCGCAGCCCCUCUUGGACCCUUUGUUGCUGCAGAGGGGCAGCUACAGGUCCCAGUCUUCCCAGUACCCCUGCGGCCAGAGUGGUCACGCUUUUUCCCAGACCUCGCGGACUUUCUCCUCAACUUCUCCCUUCCAGAGGAGCAUCGUGAACGGAUGGUACACAUGCCACAAUGGCGUGGACUCCUUCCCACCAAAGCAGUGCAGCAACAUCCCCUCCCUCUGAGAGCCUGGACACAAACUGUGGGCCUUUGUUUUUUGUGUUGUAGCCUAAAACCUAACUGCUGUUUCUCUUUUACUCUGUGUACUUUUGUGAAUGCUGUAUUAAAUAGUUUCCAAAAAGUCCUUCUGAAUUUUGCAUUGUGAGAUAUGGCAAAUUUAGUUUUUUUCCUAUUGUCAUCCGCUCGCUCUUGCAUCUCCACAGUGGGCUUUUGGAGCGAAUACGUGUUGCAUAACUUUUAAAACCUGUCGGUCAGUCUUAAGAAUGAAAAGAAAAGGAUUGUUUUUAAUGUAAAAUUUUUAUGGAUAGGAUUAUCUGCGCAUGAAACAUUCUGAACCUAAAAUUUCUAACAGGAAAGUAUAAAAAAAUCUGAAUGUAGCCCUCACAGCAGGGGUUUUUGUUGAAUGUAAACUAGGCUUAAUGUAUGUCGGGAUGAAUAGAAACAUUAUUCAUGACUUUAUGUAUAUCGCAGGGUAAAUCAUUAUCUGAUCUUUACUUGGGUUAAAUUUUGAGAUCUAACAAGCCUACUUGGUGGGCCUGCAGCAUGAUUUGACUUUAAUUAAUAUACAGGCUCAUUAUUUUUUUCCUUUCCCUUACCCUUGAUUAAGUUCAACAUUCUUGUUCUUUUUUUCCAUUAAACAUUUGUGCUCUGUAAAAUGCGUUUAUUUCACAUUUCUGUGCAAAGUGAGUAAAACCAGUGUUUGUGUUAAUGGUAAAAAAACAUUUAAUUAGAAUACACUCCUGCUGUACAUAAGCAUACUGUAUAAUUAAUUAUGUAUCUUAUAUUUUAUUAAAGUGUCUAUAUUCUCUUUGAUCACAUAUGUGAUAUCCCCUCAUCAACAAAUUUUCACCAGUGACACAAACCUUGCUCUGGGUAGAAAAACAAUUAACAGUCCAUGGAAGUCAGUGUGGUACCAUGGAGCCCACCUGCAGAUAUUUCUUAAUAUUCAUAUUGUAGUAAAAUUCAGGUAAGGUACAUGCAACUAAUAUGUGCUUCUUUAUUUGAGGGCUGUGCUGUUUUUAUUUUCCAAGUAAGUUGCUUUAUUACAAUACUUCAUAUAUAUAUAUAUAUAUAUAUAUAUAUAUAUACUGCAUUUAACUGAAUAUAAAUCCAUCCAAGUGAUUAGACUGGGAUUAUUUGAUUAGAUGUUUCUAUAUAAUUGUUUACGAAUUGAAUCUGUUUGCCUUGUUAAGUGCCCUGAGAUGACAUUUGCUGUGAAUUGAUGCUUUAUAAAUAAACUGAAUUGAAAUUAACUGAAUUGAACAUUAAUAUGCGAAAUUUACACUUUCAAAGCUUCCUGAAAGCAGUUUGCUUUAAUGUUCACAUAUCUGUUUUAUUUAAUCAAUCAAAGUUGCUGGAUUUCAUGUUACACUUCAGUUCAUCUCAACUUUUAUUGAAGGCAAAUAUAUUCCAUGUUGGAAAAUUCUUGGUUAAAAAAACUUUCAAACAAAGAUGUUGGUUUUGCUUUUUUAGAUUUAUUUCCUGCUAAUGGUAAUAUAUUUGCCUCUAGUACAGUUUCACUGACACAUUUGUUCACGUUUCUUAGUUUUUGUACCUUCUGGAAUUCAAAUGUCAACAAACAGCUCAUUAUUUCUCAGGAAUGAGCCAAACAUAUCUCUCUUUCUGCCGCCUGUCUUUGUUGUCUGCAGACUUUCAGUUCGCUUUGGCAAUCUGGUCUUGGUGCAAAGGAAGAACUUAUUUGCAGUGAGUUAUUGUUCCUAGUUCACACUGCCUGUUUCAUGUGUUAUAAAAUAGAUCUUUGUCUAAAGAUGUCAAGAAAGGAGAGCACUUGAAAUCUCAGAGACCAUCUGAAAGUACAGUCUUAAUGAUGAAUAAAGAAAUGAAACAACAA